UAAUUUUUAAAAAAUGGAUGAAAAAACAAUUGAUUCAAUUUUUGCGGGAUCUUUGAAAUCCUUGCCACCCGUGAGUUCGAAAAUUGUUCGAAUUUUCACAAGUUCAACAUUUACUGACACAACAAUGGAGAGAAAUACAUUAAUGGCACAGUGUUAUCCAAAAUUAAAGGAUUACUGUCGAGAAAAACAUGGAUUAGAAUUUCAGGUUGUGGAUAUGAGAUGGGGAGUUCGAGAUGAAGCAACUGAUGAUCAUAUGACAACAGAAUUGUGCAUGAGAGAAAUUGAAAAUUGUCAACGAUUAUCAAUGGGACCGAAUUUUGUGGUUUUUUUAGGACAAAAAUAUGGUUACCGUCCAAUUCCAACUUAUGUCCUAAGCUCGGAAUUAGAAAUGUUACGCACAGAAUUAGAUAGUCAAGGAAUGGAUGUUAUUGUUUUGGACACGUGGUAUAAAAAAGAUAGCAAUGCAGUUCCACCUACAAGCAUUUUACAACCGAUAUCAUCAAUUUUGAAAAAUUUCAACAAUAAAAGAAUUCCAAAAUUACAACAAGAAGAUCAGGCAAUUUGGUGGGACACAAUGUGUAAAAUGCAAAAAUUAUUUCGUAAAGGAGCACAAUCACUUUAUAAUUCUGGAAAAUUUGACAAAGACACAAUGCACAAUUAUUUUAUGUCCGUAACUGAACGAGAAGUGAUUAAUGGAGUAUUGAAUGUGAAAAAUACGAAAAAUCAUUGUUUAGCCUACGUUCGUUACAUUAAUAAUAUUAAUUUGCAAAAUUUACGAAAAGCUGGUUUAUUUUUGGAUAUUGCUAAUCGCAGUUUGGAUAAUGAGGCUUCAAAAUUAUUAGCCGAUCUCAGAGACGUUCGAUUGCCAAAUAAAAUAGAAAGCGUUAAUUUACAAAGAUACACCGUCGAAUGGAUUGGACGCGAGGGUUUAGACACAGAAACCCAUAGUGAAUACCUUCAGCAUUUUAUUACACAUUUUUAUCGAAAUAUGGUAAAACUUAUCGACAGAGCAAUGCGCAAGGAAGACAGUUCAGCUCAAGGUCAAAUAAUUACCGAAAUUUUACAACAUUUACACGCAUGCAAUAAUUCCGUAAAGGUGUUUUAUGGUCGCGAAGAUAGUUUGGAAAAAAUUAAAGACUACAUGUUAAAUAACGAGGAGAAACCAUUGGUUUUAUAUGGUGAAGGUGGUUGUGGAAAAACUUCACUUUUGUCAAAAAGUGCUGGACUAUCAAGUAGUUCAUGGCUAUUGGGAAAAAAACCAAUAAGUAUUAUUCGAUUUUUGGGUACAACACCCGAUAGUAGUGCACUGACACCGACAUUAAUUUCUAUUUGUCAACAGAUUUCUUACAAUUUUAUGCUUCCCUUUGAGGAUAUUCCCGACGAUCUUGUCCCACUGACAGCACAUUUUAAAUAUUUAUUAACAUUAGCAACGUCCGAGCAACCAAUUUUAUUAUUUUUGGACAGUGUCGAUCAAUUAACUGGCACUCAAGGAAAUAAAUUAUCAUGGUUACCGACUCGUCUUCCUUCAAAUUGUAAGAUGAUACUUUCUUGUGCUGCUGAAGAAUCAAAUCCAAUUAUUUCUCGUGAUUAUCAUCUUUUGAGAAGAAUGAUUGACACUGAGGAAUGUUUUAUUGAAGUAACAGCACUUGGAGAAGAUUUAGCAAUGGAUGUUAUAAGAAUGUGGAUGAAAACCGCUCAUCGUGAUUUAAAUAAUUAUCAAUGGCGUUUAGUGGCAAAUGCAAUAUCAAAAUGUUCAUUGCCAAUAUUUGUAAAAUUGGUAUUCGCCGAAAUAUGCCGUUGGCGUAGCUAUACAAAACCAGCUGAUACACAUUUGGCAAGUACAGUAAUGGACAGUAUAAUGAUGUUAUUCGAAAGAAUUGAAAAACAACAUGGCAAAAUAUUAGUAUUUCAUGCAUUAGCAUAUAUAACAGCGGCAAAAUCAGGACUCUCUGAAUCAGAAUUAGAAGAUUUAAUAUCAUUGGACGAUAAAGUAUUGGAUGAUGUUUAUCAGUAUCAUUUGCCACCAGUACGUCGUAUACCACCUUUACUUUGGACAAGAAUACGAAAUGAUUUGCCAAAUUAUUUAAGUGAACGUGAAGCUGAUGGUGUUAGUGUAUUAAAUUGGUAUCAUCGACAAUUUAGAGAUACGGCAAAGGAGAGAUAUUUUAAGAAUAUGAAUUUAGCGACGUAUUUUCAUUCAAUGAUUGCCGAUUAUUAUUUGGGAAUAUGGGGCGGUGGACGACCUAAGCCAUUUAAGUAUACAGAAAUUCAAAGACAUCGAUUCAAUUUAACCGAUAAAGAGGGCGUUGCCGAUAGAAAAGUUCCAGAGCAACCAUUGGCAUUUUAUUCAAAGGAGGGAAAAAUUUCAAGAUACAAUUUAAGAAAGUUUGGAGAACUUCCAUAUCAUUUGGUGAGGGCUCAUAGAUUUAAGGAUCUAUUUGAAAAUGUUUUAUUUAAUUAUGAAUGGCUACAUGCAAAAUUAAGUUCGUGUCCACUGCAGGCUGUACUCUCUGAUUUUGAGGAUGCCUGCAACAAUAUCGACGAUCAAAAUUUGGUCAGGGAACUGAUGUUAGUAGCUGAUGCUUUAAGACUUGGUGGGGCAAUUUUGGGAAAUCAUCCCGAUAUGCUAGCACCGCAAUUAGUGGGAAGACUUUUACCCGAAAUUGGUAAUAAUGUCAAUGUAAGAAUGUUAUUAAAAGCAUGUGAUGCCGAUGGUGUUAAAGAUUGUUCCCUAUUACCCCUUUAUCAUUGUCUCCAUACCCCGGGCGGUCCCCUUAAGUAUUCAUUGGAGGGACAUCAAUUUGCAGUUUUUGGCUUUUGUUUAACAUCGGAUUAUCGAUAUGUUGUAUCGAUUUCAAAUAGAUUUAUCACUUGGGAUUUAAGUACAAGUGAUAUGACGAGGGAUGUUAAUCCUGGAGUUGAGGGAAUUAUGCAACAAUUAGUAUUGAGUCCUGACAAUCGUUAUGCCGCUUCUUUUACAAACAAUAAUCAGACCGUCGUUCUAAAUACAUUGACAAGUGAAUUUGUUAUUGUUGACAAUCCACUACCAAAUAAUGAACCAGUUUGUGGAAUUUAUCUAAUGAAUCAAUUUGUAUUUAUUUUUGGCAAAAGUGCAUGGUGCAAAUUUGAUCUAAGAGGCAAUUUAAUAGCAAAUUUCACAAGUCCCGAGGAUACAAAUCAAUGGUCCAUUUUGGAAAUUGAAUAUACAACAUUGGAUGAGUAUAGAAUUAUUUUCUGGACCGGAAAUCUUGACGAUCCACUAUUGUUGCUGCACACUUACAGAAAAAAAGGAACAAUCGAAUCAUUUCAUUGUCACAGUGCAAUGGUGAUGACAAAUGACAAAAAAACACUCUAUGCAUGUACAACAAAGGGAAAUUAUCGUAUAACAAAAUAUAUUAUUGAAGAAACAUCAUCGUAUUGGGAAAAAGUUUUGGAUAUUCCACGAACAAAUAACGAUGAUAUUGAAUAUAUUUUACAAUUAAAACUUGAUAAAGAAGAGGAAAUUCUUUUGGCAACAACUGGAAAUGGUUUUGUUGUUUGGUUUUUGGAAAGUAAAAGUGAUGCACACGUUCUUUCAUUGCCAAAUGGAGUGAGAAAUAUACGAACAAAAAUGAUGAAUUCAAGUUCAAUAAUGAUCAGUGGAACAAAAAAUUACGCGGUUGCCGGUGUAAGAAAAAAUUUGUACGUCUGGAGUUUGGAGACAACGGAAUUGGUGAAAAUAUUAGAUGCUCAUUUUGCAAGAAUCAUUCAAUUGGAAGCGUUGACAAUUGGCAAUUGGAAUAGUGUCAUUACAUCAAGUAUUGAUAGAAGUGUUAAAGUUUGGAAUAUUAAUAAUAUUUUUGAGCAAGUUCACGUUAUUGAUCGCCAUGAAUUGCAAAUCGAUUCAAUAAGUUUAGCGGAACAUUCAAAUUUGGCAGUAACCGUAACAAGAGGUUGCGUUGGUAUUUGGGAUUUACAAUCAGGAAGAUUAAUUUCAAAAUUAGCUGAUAGUCCACUUGGUGCAAUUGUUACACACGCAAUUAUUACUCCCGAUGGAAGAUACAUCAUAUCAACGGAAUCUGGUAAUGUUUUAAUUUGGAAUCGAAUAACGGAACAAGUAUUAUUUAAAGAAGAACAAUCGGGCGUAAGACAAUUGUCAUUUAUUGAAGAAGCAACGAAAUUUAUUGCCGUUUCACGACCAAGUAAUUUACCAGGUGUUGAAAGUACAAAAACAACAGCCACCCUCGUCACAAGAAAUAUUCCAGACGGAACUCAAAUUUUUAGUUUUGAAUAUAUUGUAAGAAGUCAAACUGGAAUUCCAUUUCGUAAUGUUUCUGUGACUUCGGAUGGGGCAUUUUUUGUUGUUCCAGCAGCCGAUAAAGGAAGUCGUGAUUGUAUUAUUGUUUAUAGUGCAAAAACCGGAACAUUAAUCAAUAAAAUACAAGUCAAACUUCCAGGAUUUAAAGAUAUUAUGAGCGUUGUACCAAUGCCAAACAAAUCACAAUGGGUGGGAAUAAUAGGUUCAGAUAAAGGAAGUAUAAUGGACAUUGGAAAGAAGAAAAUAAUUCGUACAAUUCCAAAAUGGAGUGGAAAUAUCAGCAAGGAUGGAAAAUAUACUUUAUACGCUCCAUCAAGAGGUGGAUUGGAACUUAUAGAAUUAAAAAAAGGGACAACUGUAAAAACUUAUAUAUCAAAAGUUGCCGAGGGAGUUUUCACUGUAAUUUCAAUGUUUAAUCGAACGGAUGAAUAUGUUCUUUAUUAUCACAGUGGACGGAAAACAAUUCGAGUUUUCAGAUCAUCAGACUGUGAAAUGAUUGCAAAUUAUCGUGUACAAGCUGAAUUAAGUGCAAUCGACAGCACAUACGAUGGAAAAAGUAUUGUUUUGGGUACAGUCGAUGGUUGUGUAUCAGUAUUAGCAAUUGCCGAUCCAAAAAAAUCCGAAAUGAAAGUAUAUCUCAAAAAUUUACCAUCUCGCGAUGAAACGUGGAAGAAAAAAAUGGAGAAAAAACGUGCAGCAAUUAAAUUUAAAGCAGCCGCACGCAUUGCAACUGUUACCAAUGAUUUGCAUAAUUUUCUACGUUUUGGAACUGCAAUUGAUGACAAUUCACAAGGAUCACACGACGAUGACAAUUCUUAAUUAUAAAAAUUACAAUAAUUUAAAAAAGGAUAAUUCACUAAAAAAUUAAAAAAAAAAUAUAAUUUACAAUUUAUUUAUUGAAAAAUUAUUUUAAUUAAUUAGCUAAUAAUUUGAAUAAUUAGCUAAUAAUUAAAAUAAUUAACUAAUAAUUUAAUUAAUUAGCUAAAAAUUAAAAUAAUUGACUGAUAAUUUAAUUAAUUUGCUAAAAAUUAAAAUAAUUGACUAAUAAUUUAAUUAAUUAGCUAAAAAUUUAAAUAAUUAACUAAAAAUUAAAUUAAUUAACUAACAAUUUAAUUUAUUAGCUAAAAAUUUAAAUAAUUAACUAAUAAUUGAAUAAAUUAGCAAAAAAUUAAAUUGAUUUUACCUAAUU